AUGGAUUACCACCGCAACUACCGACCCUGCUCGUCCUUCUUUGUGGAAGAGGAGUUUCCAUUCGCUUCUCGGAUCCGGGCUGAACAACAAGCCAAGCAAGAGCAUGACAAGCUUGUGGCGCGUGAGCGGCAAUAUGCUAUUGCCGAUCAGCUGUCCCGGCUCGCCAGCGACGAGCUUCGGGACGACGUCCUGAGCCACAUGCUCGAGAUGGAUAGCCAAACGUUGCCAGACGUUGAGUCCAUCGACAUCCAGACCGAGAUCCAGUGGUUCAUGCGCCCCUAUCUCCUUGACUUCUUGAUCGAGGCGCACACUGCAUUCCAACUCCUGCCCUCGACACUGUUCUUGGCGAUCAAUCUCUUGGACCGCUACUGUUCCAAGCGGGUAGUGUACAAGCGACACUACCAGCUGGUGGGCUGUGCCGCGCUCCUUAUUGCCGCCAAGUACAACGACAAGAAGGAUCGGGUUCCUACCGUCAAGGAGCUGAAGUCCAUGUGCUGCUCUCUCUACGAUGACGACAUGUUCAUCCAGAUGGAGUGGCAUGUGCUGCAGACCCUGGGAUGGACCGUUGGACACCCCACCGUAGAUGCCUUCCUGCAGGUCGCCGUCCUGGACGAGGUCUAUGAUCCGGAGAUAGAGCACAUGGCGCUCUACAUUUUGGAGAUUGCCCUCUUUCACCGGGACUUCGUCUCCAAGCAGUCCUGUGAGCUUGCCCGGGCCGCGUUGGCACUGUCGCGUUGCAUUCUCAACCGACCUCAGCCGCGCCAUACCCACUGGGCCUCGCAGUAUGACUCGAUGACCCUGGUGGGCCUGUCUCAACAGCUCCACCAGCCGUCGACGGUCGUUGCGCGCAAGUACGCCUCUGCUCACUACUCGCGGGUCUCCAAAAUCCUGGAGCACUUCCUCAACCGCCAGGCUUCGCUGGUCAACUACGCCCGUUGCACUCCGCCGGUCGAGACUCCUGUGGAGUCGAAGCCCUACAACGGAGAAAUGGGUCUCGCAACCCCACAGAAGUCCCAGCAGUUGACGGCCGUUCCUCACGGCUACCUCACGCCACCCAUCACUCCCGAGAAUGAGGCUCUGGUGCACGCCCAUGCGAUGAACCACGAAAUGGCCCGAGUGCCAACUGUCAAUGUCUGCUCACCGUCGCCCGCACCAUCUUCUGAGAUGCAGUACAUGGCCGCCGAUGCCUACCAGCAACAGGAGGCCAUGUAUAUGGCUCAACAGCAGUCGCUUCAGCAAUACCCUGUCCCGGUUCACAUGGGUCUUGAACAGACCUAUGCGGGCGGGCUGUGA